AACAAACGUAGCCUGGCCAGGAAAACGAGGAGGGGCACAGGGAACGCGUAUAUAGAGGUUUCGAACGACUUCGUUCGAGCAGAACACAUCGUCUCCCACGUAGGUGUUUUCCGCGUGAAAUUUCGUUCGAAAGAAAAAUGCAGCACCUUCGUCUUUUCCAGGUAUUAACAGUUGCCUGUUUGUUUGCGCUCGGCAGGAGUGCCAUCGAAUCGUCAGAAACAAAGCUGACUACUAAAUUAAUCCCGCUGAACAGCCCUUCCUACAAGGAUGCUGACAAAGAUUUAACAGCGGCUGCGAGUGAUCGAACUCCCUUGAUUACAGCGUUCCAUAUUAGCAAGGAAUACGGCCAGCCAGGUGGCUACGUCGGUGGUGUACCUUACGGGAGUUACUUGGGAACUGGAAGUUCGAUUUACGGUCCUGGUACAGCAUACCGUGGAACAGGAUUGAGCCCGGGAUACGUGAAUCCAGGCUACAGAGGAUAUUCAGUGGGUGGACCUGGAAUUAUCGGGGGCGGCCAUAUAGGGUUCGGCUAUUACGGUAACUCCGGGUACAAUCCGGGGUAUGGAGGUGGCUACGGGUCUGGUUAUGGCGGAUACAACGGCUAUGGUGGCUACGGAAGUGGAUUAGGGGGUUAUGGUGGUUACAGUAAUAGCUAUACUCCAGGAACUUACGGUUCAGGCGUCUACGAUGAUGGAUACUAUGGAUACGGUACACGUGGUGGGUAUGGUCGUUACGGUGGAUUAGAUGGUUAUGGGUAUGGAACGGGAUACAAUGGUUAUGGAGGUUCGAAUUAUGGAUCCUCGUACAACGUAAGAAAUAGCUAUGAUCCAUCUAGCUAUCGCAGUGGUAGUUAUGCUGGUUAUCCAUCAGGGUAUAGGGGUUAUUCUUAAAGGAAUUAUCAGAUGAAAAAUAUUGCAAAAUAAAAUGCAAUAAACAAACAUUGCAGCAGUAUUAAACAAUACUGAUUAAACUGUGUAUGUGGCAUUCAUUGAUAUCGAUACGUAAUCUGUAUUAAUAAUUUUUAUUAAUUUUUCACCGUUAUUAAUAAGUAAUGUACAUAUACAUAUAUUAUUGAUAAUAAUAAAUAAAACUUAGCGAAUAAAA